CCGCCGCCGUCGUCGCCGAUAGUGGAAGGAAUUUUGCAAGAUGACAAGAUCCAAAAGAUGUUCGAUUCCAGCUCCUCCAUGAGAAGGGGAGGUGGAGGCACAUCACUGGCUAAAACUAUUGCUUUCUCAUUUCUUAUGUGGUUGUGCUUUUUCGGAUUUGAGAUUCUGGGAUUGCCAAGUUGUAAUGGCAUUGAUUACUAGUUUUAUCGCGG